AUGGCCGCCACAAGAGCCUCGCGCCCGACCCCCUUGCCAAGGCCAUGGACGCUCGUGUCCCCGACCUUGCAGUUGGCCGUCGUCCGUUUGUUGCGCGUUGCUCCCCUGAUUCACUCGCUGCUGCGUACUUCGUUCUUAGACACAUGUGCCCGUGUUGACUCCGGUGCCGAUGAUACUAGUGUAGGUGACGCAACCGAGCUCAAGUGGGAGCUCGAUGAAGAUCUUGAUCGUUGUUAUGUGUCUUUUCUGAAUUCCUCCCAUGCUCUUCUGUUCAUCUUAUCCAAUGGCAGAGAAGGUGGAAGGUGGGACAGCUUCGGCUGGGCGCUCGUCGGCGAGCUCGUCGGCCGUCCGGCUCUCCCCUCCGCUUGCGGCCCUCUCGGCCUCUCCUCCACUUCUUGCGUCCCCGUCCCCCCUGUAGGUGCGACUCCAUCCCAGCACCUUGAUCCUGCUCCCGGCACCUCCCUGAUCCUACUCGAUUUAUCUCAUGAAAGAAUGAUCCUACUCGUUGGUGGAUCUGCUGCUCAGGGCAUCCUCGACGUUCCUAACCUCAAGAAGUGCGGCGGCGGCAGAUCCGCGUGGGGGCGUCGAGCGCAGCUGGAUCGUGAAGGCCUCUGCAGCCUCCGUGCAGACGCUCGAGGUCAACAACGCCACCAUGAUGUACAGCUGCGAGCUGCCCACCCGUGUCCUCAGCCUCUUCGUCCCACUCUUGGUGUCUCCUCAAAGAUCCUCAGCAGGGAGCGCAUCAUUGUCGUCAACUCCAAGCUGAUCCGAUGCGUCAAGAGGUAA